GCACAUCCUUUGAAAGUCUUUUGUUUUAACUGGGAAAUGGGACUAAAUUUUGAAGACACCUUGAGAAAGCCGAUGUGUAUUAGGACAAAAUUAAGUGUUGGAAAUGAGAAAGAGAAAUUGUUGAAAUUAUUAUCCUCUUUCUUUCUCUUGUCUAUUUCCCUGUCUUCGCAAAUAUGUUUCUUAACAAUGAUCAGAUGGGCAAACUCUUUGCUUUAACAAAACAAUUAGUGAGGCAAGUUUAAAUUUUUACUCCAAGCUGGUAACUUGAAAAUGAAUGUAACUGGUGCUUCAUCCAUUGGACUUUGUGCUUAUUGAUUUAAUUAAAUUAUAGUUGAUCCAUUGGAUAAUUGUGUCCACCAAAUUAUUAUUAUUUAAAUAAAAUGUGUUUCAUUGUUUUAAAUAUUAUAAAUAUUAUCAUCAAAUCUUGGUCCAACUAUUUGCAAACCUAAAGGUUACAAGGGAACAAGGUAAACUUGAAGCCAAAAGUCCUGCCAUAUUUGUCUUGCAAUAAUCUUAACCAGAUGAUGUAUCUGUAGUCUGUUAUAUUUUUAACCCAAUCUGAGUACCGACUGACUGAGGUUCACUUCGAAAGCAGGUGACGCAUUCUUGAAAUAUCUUCAAGCUGAAGCUACAUGGACAAAAACAAAUGUAUCCAACUCUUGCUGACCACUUAUCAAUAUGAACUUGCCGAUUAGCAAAUGCCCAGCUCUCUGAGUGAUGCACGAUUGGGUUGAUGUUAAAAGGUCGACAAUCGAUUAAUUGGACAUAAAAUCUGGUAAAUAAUCUUUGGGGUUAACCAAUGCCAGUUUGUACCUACACCUCAAAGAUACCUUUUUUGUGCCUUUAUUACUUACUCUGGACAUAAAAAUACAUCUAUGUAUAUAUAAAGCCACUGAAACAACAGCAAAAGUACAUCACACAUAUAGAUAUACGUAAAGCCCAAAAUAAGAAGGAAAACUUUUCUGGAAAACGUGAAAACUCUAUUGUUACACCUUUCAACUUUAACUUCAUCUUUUGAUCAUCUCUUGUUCAUCUUCAGUGAUAAUGUGCUACACAAUCAACAAUUUCCUGGAGACAACAACAAAAUACUUGAUCAACACAAUUUACAAAUCAUCUUCCGUCUUAAUUUAAACAACAAACAAAAGUACAACACCAACAAUUGAAAACAAAAAAAGUAACCAAAUAAAUUUGUGAUUGCAAAGCAUAACAAAAAAAGGAGAAACAAACAAACAACUUUAAAGGAAACUUUCAAUGUAUAAUUUUUUCAUUGCUUAUGAUCAGCUCUUGUUCUUGUUCUUGUGUUGGCUAUAAUUAUUGUCAUUUAUUAUGGCUACUGCAAAUUUACGUAAAUUCAAGUGUCCUGAAUGUGGGAAGGCUUUCAAAUAUAAACAUCACCUGAAAGAACACAUACGAAUCCAUUCCGGAGAUAAACCCUUUGAGUGUCCACACUGUGGUAAACGAUUUUCCCAUUCCGGAUCCUUUUCAUCUCACUUGACCAGCAAAAAAUGUUUCAAAGUUAAUCUCAAAGUGACCAAUUCAAAUAAUAUUAAUUCUAUUAAUAAUAAUAGUAACCAUUUAAACUCUCCACAAGCAACCAAACCGUUCCAUUUACCACCGUACCAUUGUCCGCCGUACUAUUUACCGCCCUACCAUCUACCACCGUACCAUUUACCAUCUGCAACUUUUCAUAAUUUUACCGAGAUUGCUCAGGUUCACCUUGAGCCUCAAAGAACCCUAAAUGUUCAUAGUUUAAAUAAGUUAAAAUCAAGCCUCUCCACAACGAUUACAACAAUCCCUGCCAUAAUUCAUAACAAUGUAAUUAACAGCAAUGGAUCAUCGUCUCACCUCAAUCAUCAUCAUCAUCCUUCUCACAAUCAUAAUGGUAAUUCUAUUAAUACACCUAUUACUGACAGCAACAACAACAAUACCAGCAUCAACAAUCACAACAAUCACAGCAACAAUAGCAACAACAGCAGCAGCAACAGUAGUAGCAACAUUGGUACUAUCAGCACCAUUAGUACCAUCAACAACUUCAACAUAAGCAACAGCAACACUCUCAUUAUGAACAACAUCGACAUCAACAACACAAGCAGCAAUUUUAUAAAUUUCGAAGUUCCACUCGAUCUUUCCACAAACAAAAUAGAAUCCGUUCCAACUGAUUUAUCGGUGAAGAGGAAGAGGCCAUUAGAGGAUGAAGAUGCAAAUAAAAAACAAUCGACAUCCACCGAUCAUUCAGUCACUAGUGACCAUUCAACCUUGCAAAAUGAUCAAAGUAAUCAUGUUGAUGAUAAUGUUGACAAUUUUCAGUUUUCAACCAUCUUCAACUGCGAUAAAUGUGAGAAAACAUUUAAUAAAUCAAGUUCACUUGCAAGACAUAAAUAUGAACAUUCCGGUUUACGUCCACACAAAUGUGAUGUCUGUAGCAAAGCAUUUAAACAUAAACACCAUCUAACCGAGCAUAAAAGACUCCACAGUGGGGAGAAGCCAUUUCAAUGUAAAAAAUGUUUAAAGAGAUUUUCACACUCAGGAUCGUAUUCCCAACAUAUGAACCAUCGAUACUCCUAUUGUAAACCGCAAAGAAUCACUUGUUCAUUCAUUAUGUCGACUGAAAAUUUACGUAAAUUUGAGUGUCAUGAAUGUGAAAAGGCAUUCAAACAUAAACAUCACCUAAAAGAACACGUACGAAUCCAUUCCGGAGAUAAACCCUUUGAAUGUCCACACUGUGGUAAACGAUUUUCUCAUUCCGGAUCCUUUUCCUCUCACUUGUCCAGAAAAAAAUGCUUAAAAUCUAACCUCGAAAUGACCAAUAUAAAUAAUAUUUAUUCUGAUAAUUUUGACCAUUGUGACUCUCGAAAGGAGAACAAACCACCUCAUUCCCCACCGUUCCUUUUACCACCGUAUCAUCUUUUACCGUACUUUUUACCAUCUACAACUUUCCAUAAUUUUAUGAAGAUUGCUCAGUUGCACCUUAAUAAGCUAAAAUCUAUAACGAAUACUAAAAUCCCUGCCAUAACUGAUAACAAUGUAAUUAACAGCAAUGGAUCAUGGACUCACCUCAAUCAUCAUCUUCCUUCUCACAAUGGUAAUGCUAUUACUAAUUCAAUUACUGGCACCAACAACAGUAAUAGCACCAUUAGUACCACCAACAACUUCAACAUUAGCAACAGCAACACUCUCACCAUGAACAACAUCGACAUCGACAACACCAGCAGCAAUUUUAUAAACUUCGAAGUUCCACUUGAUCUUUCCACAAACAAAAUAGACUCCAUUCCAACUGAUUUAUCGGUGAAGAGGAAGAGGCCAUUAGAGGAUGAAGAGGCGAAUAAAAAACAAUCAACAUUUACCGAUCAUUCAGUCGCUAGUGACCAUUCAACCUUGCAAAAUGAUCAAAGUAAUCAUGUUGAUGAUAAUGUUGACAAUUUUCAAUUUUCAACCAUCUUCAACUGCGAUAAAUGUGAGAAAACAUUUAAUAAAUCAAGUUCACUUGCAAGACAUAAAUAUGAACAUUCCGGUUUACGUCCACACAAAUGUGAUGUCUGUAGCAAAGCAUUUAAACAUAAACACCAUCUCACCGAGCAUAAAAGACUCCACAGUGGGGAGAAGCCCUUUCAAUGUAAAAAAUGUUUAAAGAGAUUUUCACACUCAGGAUCGUAUUCCCAACAUAUGAACCAUCGAUACUCCUAUUGUAAACCGCAAAGAAUCUAGAUUCAGAUGGCUCCAUGGAUGGCUCUUCCAUUCUUUUACCUGUCUUCAUACCUCGCUUUCCAUUCUUUCACCCUUCUAUCAUGUCAUCUUUCUUUUUCCGUUCACGUUCUUGAAAAUUCUUAAUCUUUAAAAUAAUAAAAAGCAACUUUGCUCACCAA